GCAAUCACUUUUCAGAUCACCAGCAUUGUAAACGCCCCUGCUCACCAACGAAAUCUGGAGCCUGAAUAUGAGCUCAAGGCCCCCAGAUGAGAACAUGACCUUGCCAGCUUGCGAUCUCUGCUAUAUCAGAAAGGUGAAAUGUGACAGAGAAAAGACAUGCAAAAACUGCGCGAAUGCUCAAGUGAAAUGCUGUCGUACACGUCCUAAACGUCACGCUCCAUCUCGGAGAUCGCGCAUGUCUACGCUAGCUGAACGGUUGACGAACCUCGAAAAUACAGCACACGUCAUUUCACAGUUGGACAGUCCGUCUUCACCUCCUGAAGCUGCACGUCGGAGCCGCAGGGAGUCUUCUGCGCCGCGCAGCCACUUGUACAAGGGAGGUUCGCACCCCGACCAUGAGAAGACUUCAACACGCCCACAGCACAGCCAUGUAGUAGCAGACGAAGAACCCAGUCAUCGGACAAAUGAAGCGCGAGAAUUUAUCCAACAGGAGCUUGAUCACAACAUUCUACCACAGGAGCGACAAGCAGUGUUUGAGUCGGCACUGCAAUUAAUUAAUCAGCUUCCCCAUCUAUCUGGGGAAUCAAAUGCUUCCGGAUUGCUUGGUACUUCUGAUCUUAGUCCAUCGGUGAUCUGCACCGCAGCACCAGCAGAGUUACUAUAUAUGAUGCUUCCCGCUUUUGCCCGUCGAACAGGAAUAGGUGCAUGCAUGGAAUGGCCAGACCACAUCUCGACGAAAACUCUCGAGCGAAUGACCCUUACUCUAAUAGAAGGGCAUCCAAGCCAGCAACUUCUCCUCCAGUAUCGUGUGUGUGUCUAUAUAAAGGCAUUCUUUUUCACUAUCAUGCGGGCCAAUCCUCCUCACAGUAAUUCUGUCCUCCAGAGACUAGAAGAGUCAAGAAGUCAAUAUGCAGCUACCGCUCUGGAUUCCUUGAGUCGCAUCGGCCUUCUAUCACCUCCGAGUCUCCCACUGGUUCAAGCACUCUUAUCAGGAGCAAUAUUCAUGCAAUAUGUGGGAAAUAUGUCCCAGAGCUGGAUGUUAACAGCAGCGGCUGCCCGUGCCAUUGUUUCUCUAAAUUACCAUACCACGUUUCAAAACCCACCAGUACAUGAAACAGAUGAGGAAAUCCGGUUCAGUGUCUACUGGUGCUAUUACCUAGACAAGGUACUCAGUCUACUUUUGGUGCGACCACCUUCGCUUCCAAGGCUAAACGCUUCUCCUGUCUCAUUGAUACGCGGAGACGUAUCCGACCCCCCAACUAUAAUGCUUCAACUUCUAUUAACUGUGGCGGAGACACAAGAAAAUGGUCUAGAUUUAAUGCAGGGUUUCGGAAAUGAGGGGAAAGAGAACAUAGACGUGCAAUUUGAGAGGCUUGAUAAAAAGGUCAAGUUGCUUCGAGAGAGAAUUGAUCAUGUCAGAUCGACGAUACCUGGAGCUCUCGCUACGUCAUGGAUGGAUUUUGAAUAUGGGUAUUAUGCUAUCCAGACCAAUGUGUUCCAGUACCGCUUGCGAAGGCGCAGGUGUUAUCUGUAUCAAGGAGAUUGUCUGUUCUCAGCGCGAAAAGCACUCAGCAUAUUGCUAUACCUUCAGCAUCGCAGUGCUGAGGAUUCUGAAGUGAUGGAGCCUUUUCCAUCGUUUCUAACAUGGACAGUCCUCCUUUACCCGCUCAGCCCCUUUUUCGUUUUAUUUUGCAAUGUUGUCAGCAUAUCCAGCAUCGAGGACUUCGCCCUCUUAAAAGAUGCCACUCUUCUCCUCUCGCGGUACAAGAACGCCAAUCCAUCCUUAUUGAAACUCCACAAUCUGCUCAACGCUUUUCUCAACUUAUGCAAGAACUUGAUAACCUCCGGAGGAAGCAAAUUGGCCUCUUCGCCAAUAGAGAAUCAUCAAACGAUCAACAUUGGAACGGACCAAAACGGAGACUCCUCGCGCCGAGAUAACACGCCCUCUCUUGCGAUGCUGCAAUCUCUAUCAGAAGACAAUGCGGCCUCAGUGCCUGUUCCGCCAAUACGGCCAUUCAGCACUGACAGCCAUUGUUUUUCCAGUGUUCAAGUUCCAAUCGCUGUUCCUUUUCCAGGCACUGGACACGGAGCAGCUACUUCGCUAUCGACGGAUGAUCUCAUGUGGGAGCUCUUCACCAGUCAACCAUCAGUAGACUGGCUCGAGUCAGGGGUAUGGAAAGACACGUCUGAUUAGGGAUUGAUAAUAAAUACGAUCUCUGAAUAAAGAAAUUCACGAAUCCCUUCGAGGGAAUUUAUUGCCAUUCUCUACACCGUAUAGCAAUAGCCUGACUCCCAAGUUAUCCAGUCCAUGAAUCAUUCCCAAGCGUAUCGUUGACGCGUCGGGAAUGUCCCCAUGGAACAAAAAAAACAUCUCUUACUCUUAUUCAAUCUAUACUUAUAAUGUAACUAAUCGGUUUAUUAGAUCAGACAGUCCGAUUCUAUUGUGAAUAUCUAUUUGAGAGUUAUGCCAUCUUGAUUCGUAUAACGUUAUUCUAUCUCCUCGUUGGCGAUGAUGGCGAGCAAGGCGCCUUGAUUUCUGUUUGGUGGCGUUAAUGCAUAGUUAGUAGAUUGACUGCAAUGGUUAGGCGAAGUACUGAAGUUGCAAUUUAUGAAGUCAUAUCUGGACGGGUAUAGUGUGGUCUCUGG